CUUAGCGAUGCUGGACAAGGACCGAAUACAUAAGCGCAAUCUCCGCACAGGAAAAUGAAUAACCCGUUAUAUCUGGUAGUCUUCGUUUGGGCCCAGGCACAUCCUUCAUAUGUGAGGUGAGGGUAUCCUAGGGUCAAGUUGGAUCGUUGUGUUUGUGAAAUGAUGGCGCGGCUCUUGAUACCUGAAGUCCCUGCGGCAUGGCAGGUACUCUCCUGGGUGAUGCUGCUCUCCCUCCCCGGAAGUCUUGGUCAGACAACCACAUCGUUGAAUACUUCUAUUCAGGACAGUCCACAUUUUAUGGGAUGGUAUCUUGGAACGACCACCCAAGCCCUAACUGAUGCGGGCACUUGGUCGACAUCCGGGCAAUAUGCAGCCGGCUGCACCGCUUCUGUUACCUGUUCCUGGGCUACCGCAUGUAGCGGGAACAUACUUUACUACGAUGUCGACAAUAAAACCCUGGACUGCGGUGCCGAGUCUAUGUCAUGCCAAACCAUGACUAUCUAUCAAUCCGAGCCCUACGCUACCCCAUCCGCAUACAACCUCUUCUGCGCUGACUUUUGGUCUGCGUACACAAUCUAUCGAGAGCUGCCCGCAACGACAACCUCAACCACAUCAGCUGCCUCAGAUUCCACAGCCAGUGCAACCACCGCACCGAUAACCUCCAUGGCCACAAAAACCUCUUCCGCUACCCAAACCUCGACCGCUUCACCGUCUUCAACAUCCACAUCUUCUUCCGGAAAGAGCCAAGCGUGGAUUGCGGGCCCUGUAAUCGGCGCUGUGGUAGGCGUUGGUGCUAUUGCAGCCGCAGUGAUCUUCUUCCUACGCCGCCGGAUAACCCGAGGCCCUCAGGCCAUGGAGUACCAAAGUGUCUCUCCGGGAGCGCGGACGGUUUCCGAGCUGCCGACAGAAAGCGUCACGGGGAUGGUGCACGAAAUGCCCUCUACCUCCACAAGCCGGGUGGGGCCAUACGAGCUGAGUUGAAACCGGG